AUGUACACUAAUAGAGGCUUUAUGCAGCGAGAAUACUCACAUCCCUACAAAUACUUAUCUCCAAGCAAUUCUACAUCUCUAAGCCCAAAGCCUAAACACAGAUGAUUAGAGGAACCAAAAAUCCAAAUUUCCAAUCCUUAUCCUUCUUCCUAUAGUCCAGUUUCUCACAAAAAAAUUCUAACUCCCCCCCCUUUAAAUUGGAACAAAAUAUAGGUAAAAUUUCCACUUUUUUGGUAAAUUAACCCUCCUUUAAAUUGGAAUAAAAUUUAAUUUUAUAAUAAAAAAUUUUAUAUAUAAAAAUCAUAAUUUUUAUGUAAAAAGAUUUGAUAUAAGUUAAAUGUUUCUUUUUAACUAAAAAUAAAAAUUUAGUUAUAUCUUGCUCUUGUUUAUAGAAUAGAGUCUAAAGGGCAUCUUAUUUAAAUAAAUUUAUUAGCCUUAAUUGCUAAAUUUUUAAAAAAUUUCAAAAAAAAUUUUUUUUUUUUUUUUUGAUAAAAUGAUAUUUUUUAUUUAAAUUAUUUUGAUAUAAAUUCAAUGCGAAUUCUUUACAAAAAUUGAAAAUUCACUAAUUUAUUACUUUACUUUAAAGAAUAGAGUAUAAAUGGGAUCUCAUUUAAACAAAAUUAGCACUUUGAUUAAUAAAUUUUCUAAAAUUAUUUUUUUUUAAUUUUUGUUUUUAUCAAUAAAAAUAAUAAUUUUUGUGUAAAUAGUUUUGAUACCAAUUAAUAGUGGCGUAUUAAUUAAUAAUAAAAAUUUAGUUAUAUCUUGCUUUGAUUUAAAGGAUAAAGAGUAAAUAUUAUUUUAUUAAACAAAUUUAUUAAUCUAAUUCGAUAAAUUUUUGAAAUUUUUUUUUAAUAAAACAUUUUAUAUAGAUUUUUUUUUUAUAAAAAAUUUUAUAUUGAUUUUUUUUACAAAAUUUUCUUAACCCUCCUUUAAAUUGGAACAAGAUUUUUAGUUCCAAUUUAAAGGGGGGGGGAGUAAGAAAUUCUAGCCAAAGCACUAUAACUCCAGUUAAUUUUUUUUCCUCAUUAGAAGGUAAAAAAGACUUUCUUAACUCUCCCCUUGUGAGUAGGCAAAAUAUUAGAAAAAUCCUAUUUUAUUGGAAAAACAAUUCUUUCCUAACAAAAUAUUUUUCUAAUAAAAAUUAUUUUAUAUAUACGUGAUAAUCAAUGAAUUCUAUUUAAUUAUAAAUAGGCUACAUUCUAAAACUUGAUUUUAUAAAUUAAAUUUUUUCUUUCGUUUUAGGGAACUUUUUUAAUUAAAAAUGUAAUUUAGCCAUCAAAACUAAUGCUUACUCGUAGAGAGGAUUAAAGAAACCCGUGAAGAUAAAUACAAUAAUUCUGCAUAUACUUCUAAUAUAGAGCUUCAUUUAGCUAAAAGCAUGCCACAGUUACCAGAGUUGUCACCUCCACAAGAUACAGCAAGAAACUAUUCCAGAACAAUAAAUUCCAAUAUUUAUGAUGAAGUUUCUAUUAGAAAACCAGUCUAUGCAAUUGAUGCAGUCUUUGAAAUAUAUGGCGUUGGUUAUGCCUAUGCUACAAAAACUGGCUAUGGCCACCCAUUAGGAAUGGGAUUUUUAAUAACGAAAACUUUAGCAAUGACUGCUCAUUCAGUCAUUCCUGACGAAGAAGUGGCUACCCGAUGUUUUGCGAGGUUCACCGACAAUUUAUACGAAGCUCACCAUUUUGACGCUGGCCGUUUCUUUUAUACCAACCGAGGGCUGAAUUUUACAAUUGUCGGGUUUAUGCUGAGUGAAGAGAGCAUAAAGCCAAGACUUCCAUUAGAAAUACGGGAAGCUUUUCAGCUAAAAGAUGGGGACGGGAUUGCUUAUUUGAACUCAGGAACAGUCCCAAGAAUAGUCACUCAUAUAGACAAUGACGUAUUUAGCUACACUGCAGGAAAUUACAUAUCUCCUGGCAUGCCAAUUUUUACAACAGAUUGGAGAAUCCAAGGAAUCCAUCACACUUGUACAAAUUCUUACAGAUUUAAUCAAGGGACAAGAAUUGAUGCUGUUAUAAGGACACUUGUGAAUAUCAAAGAAAUCGCGACCCAUCCUGAACUGGAUUUGCUGCUGUCUGAUUAUGCAAAAGCGUUUGGAGAAGGCUGGGAUAAUACCAAAGCGACGUUUGGGGAUUCAAGAUAUAUGUAUUGGAUCGAGUGAUAUAAUAGAAAUAUAGAUUUUCAUAGAGAUGGAUUUAAAUAUAAAUGCAAAAUAUACUUAUUCUUUAUACAAAAUUAUAAAAUGAUGAUAAAAAAAAUAGAGAUUUUUUAUAUUAAAAAGAAUAUUUACAGAUAUGAUAUACCUUUGGAAAGAUGAACUUGUGUCAAAAUCAGCAAUUUAGAAGAAUUUUUAAGAAAUGAGCCGUCUUCAUGAAAUUUCAAUUGAGGCUGCAGAUUAGUUUAUGUCCCUGAUGGAAGUUUUUAUAUCCUCGGAGGAGUAGGUCACGAACUAAGCAGCACCAAAGCAGACGUAUUUUAUUUUGCCUCAGAAACAAGAGAACUCUCUAGACGAGCUUCCAUGCUUGAAAGAAGAGAAGGACCAGCAGUUAUUUACAGGCAAAAUUAUUUAUAGAACUUUUUCUUCAAUAGCGCGAUAAGGCGCAUUCCUAGGUUUUACCAGAGGGUCUUGGACAUAUGAAAACCUGCUAUUCCUUAUUCAUGGGGGAGACAAACUGCCUAAAUAAAGAAUUCUACCUAAUCAAUCUCGAGAACUUGAAGAGAGGCUGUGUGGAAAAUUUACAUUUUGGUUCGUCAAAUGAAUCUGACGAGCCAUUUCUGGCCAGUACUUGAAAAUUAAAAAUGAUAGUUGUCAGAAUUUUAUUAAUUUUCUGAUGAAAGAGUAUGAUCAGAAUUUUAAUAAUUCCUUUUGACAAUAAAAUUCAAAAUUCAAACUUUUAAUAGAAGAUUUAAGAGAUAAUUUAAGCAUAAAGAUAACAUAAUGAAUACUCUUUAAUACCUUAGGGAGACGAUGCCAGUAAUGAUUUUUAAAAUUUGACUUUUUCAUAGUGACUUAGCCAUCUUAAUUGUUUUUUAAAAAUUCAAAAUUCAGAAGAUUUAAAGAAAUAAUUUAAGCAUAAAAAUAACGUAAUGAAUACUCUUUACUGCCUUAGGGAGACGAUGCCAGUAAUGAUUUUUAAAAUUUGACUUUUUUCAUAGUGCCUUAACCAUCUUAAUAAUUUUUUUAAAAUUUCAAAAUCCAAACAUUUAAUAGAAGAUUUAAAGAGAUAAUUUAAGCAUCAACAUAGCAUAAUGAAUAGUCUUUACUGCCUUAGGGAGACGAUGCCAGUAAUAAUUUUUUAAAAUUUGACUUUUUCAUAGUGCCUUAACCAUCUUUAAAUUUUUUAAAAUUCAAAAUUCAAACUUUUAAUAGAAGAUUUAAAGAGAUAAUUAAAUUGUAAAUAUAACGUAAUAAAUACUCUUUACUGCCUUAGGAGACGAUGCCAGUAAUGAUUUUUAUAAUUUGACUUUUUCAUAGUGACUUAAUUAAUUACUUGAUCCUGUGCCAUUUAUUAAAAUUCUGAUCAUACUCUUCAUCAGAAAAUUAAUAAAAUUCUGACAACUAUCAUUUUUAAUUUCAAGUACUGGCCAGAAAUGGCUCGUCAGAUUCAUUUGACGAACCAAAAUGUAAUUUUCCACACAGCCUCUCUUCAAGUUCUCGAAUUGAUUAGGCAGAAUUCUUUAUUUAGGCAGUUUGUCUCCCCCAUGAAUAAGGAAUAGCAGGUUUUCAUAUGUCCAAGACCCUCCGGUAGCACCUAGGAAUGCGCCUUAUCGCGCUAUUGAAGAGAAAGUUCUAUAUAUGUAAUGGGUGGAAAAUACAGUUACAACACCUGUGAAAAAUAUUCAAUCACAGAUGACACUUGGACGCAUUUUUCUCCUAUGAUUCAUGGGCGAUUUGAGCCAGUUGCUUCCCUUCUUCAAGGUGAUGAGUACAUGUACGUAAUUGGUGGAUAUCCUCAAGAACUUGUAGGAAGAUCAAUAGAGCGCUACAUUUUCAGAGAAGACCGAUGAGAAGCUUUACAAAUUCUGCUCCCAGUGCCUUGUCUCCAUUCUGGGAUAUAUCCUGUAAACUAUCAAAAAAUUGCUUUACUAGGUGGUCGUUUUUCAAGAUCAGUCUUUAUUUUUGACAUCACAGAAACUCAGUUAGGGAAUACCCUUUCACAAGCUCAAGACGAAAUGUUCAGAAUAUAUGAGAUUGAAAGCUUCCCUGACCAAUUAGAAACAGUUUAUCCUCUUGUUUACUAUAAAGAGGACAACAAAGUUUACUUCAUAAAAUCAGUCCAAGGCGAAUCCCCUACGGUGUUAUUUUAUCCAUACCGCAGCUUUAUGAGAGGGCCAGCCCAAAAUCCUAUAGAAUAUCGUAGAACAGUAAAAUUGCCACCAAUAAAUACGAAUUCGUAUAUAACAUUUAAACGUAAAUAA